GAUCCAUCAGUUUCCCAAGUUAAUCAAAUCCACACGCCUACAAUUUGGAUGAGAUAUUGAUCGUCCUUUGUCUUGAUAGUGUCUUUGUUAAGUUUUCAGUUCAGAUAGCCGCCACUUGACAUUUUUCCAACAUCUUCUCGGUGAAUAAGAACUUAGUUUGUAUCCGGACUUUUUAUAACACUUCCGACAUAAAACUUGUAUAAAGUUAGUGGGAUAUAUGUUGAAGUGACUUUGAAUAUAAACCGUUGUGAGACAAAACAAGCUUGCUGUUCUUAAUAUCUGUAUAAUAUACGUAACAUACAUUUUUAUAUGUUAGGACAUAUGCAAUACUUGUGAGUCACUUUAUCUAGUCUCGUUGCAAAAUUAAUAAUAGUUAUUUAUCUUAAUGAAACCUUGUGAGGCGUGACCGGAAAAAGUCGAUCGUAACGUCAUUCCAGUUAUAGUUGUACUAUAAUUAACUGUCUUAAACAGAUAGAUAUACAAUUCAAAAAUGGAGAUUUAAAACUAAAUAUGAUGACGAAGAAAGGACCGAAAGAAGUGAAAUGUGUAUUAGUCGGAGAUGGAGGGGUCGGGAAAACUAGUAUGAUUCUAAGUUAUACCACAGGAAAAAUUAUGACUUCAUAUGAACCAACAUGCUUUGACGAUUAUUUAGUAAACAUUCACACUCACAAUGGACAAGAAAAAAUGCAGGUCUCAGAUACAGCAGGCCAAGAAACGUACGACCGACUACGGACAUUAUCGUAUUAUGACACGGAUGUAUUUAUCGUCUGCUUUUCUGUGGAGGAUAAAGACUCAUUAGAAAAUGUCAAAACAAAAUGGAUUCCAGAGAUUAAAGAAUUCCGACCCAAUACCCCAUUUAUUCUCGUAGGGACACAAACUGAUUUACGUGGUUCAGUGACAGAUAUCACAGACGCUUGUAUUAAAACUACAAAAGGAAAGAAACUAGCUAAGAAAUUUGGUGCUGUAGACUAUUUAGAAUGUAGUGCACUAGAAUUAAAUGGAAUGGACGAAAUAUUUAGUGUUGCAUAUCAUGCUGCAGUAACUCCUAAAAAGAAACGACGGGUAUGGAAGAGUCUCAAAAGUGCUUUCAAACGAAAAUCUGUUGCAGAAAAAUGAAUUCACUAUGUACCUCAUCAAAACUAAAAUCCAUAUUUAUUAUGUCUGUCUUAGCAAGGAGGUUACAUUAACCUCCUUUGUCUUAGUGAUUGCUGAUCUUGACGAAUGCUCUUAUACUAGAUUACUUCGCCGUCCAUUGGCUUGCAUGUGGUGGUGAUUUUGAUAGUGUAAAUUGUGUGACAAACACUUUGAGUGUGUUAACUUUGUGUCCGAUGUGUUCACGUCUCUAAGGGCAAAUGCAUAAUAAUAAAUCAAUCAAAUAAUCCUUUUA